AGUGCAAUUAAUGCGCUUUUGGCUUUGGGGAAGGCGUGAAAACCAUUCCUACCGCCCUUGUAGGCCAUUGACGCCCCUUGAGGAAACCAAAUUUGUUUGGCAAUUGAGAAAAGUUUUAAAAGAAGUCCACAUUAAUUUGUUUUUGGAAGUGGAGCUGGGGCUGGAUUUACGUCCCAUUGCACCACCUGAAAAGACGAAGGAUGAUAUAUUACUUUUCUUCAAGCUAUAUGAUCCGCUAAAAGAGGAACUACGUUAUGUUGGAAGGCUCUUUGUGAAGCUGGUUGGCAAGCCAUCAGAGAUAUUAAUGAAGUUAAAUGAAAUGGCUGGUUAUGGUCGUGAGGAAGAGAUUGUACUUUAUGAGGAAAUUAAGUUUGAACCAUCUGUCAUGUGUGAACCCGUUGACAAGGAACUCUCGUAUGCAGAAAGUCAGCUAGAAGAUGGAGAUAUCAUUUGCUUUCAGAAAGCACUCCGUUUUCCAGAUGUGCCUUCAUAUUUAAGACAUAAGCGCAAUCGGAGGAUCGCCACGUUUGAGAAGCCAGUAAACAUUCAUAAUCAGGAAACCAAUUCCAAUGAGUUGUCAUCCUCCGUGGGAUGAAUUUGGAAGCAAACAAGUGAAAAUGCAUCAGCAUUUGCAGGAUUUUAUUGGAGUUUUGUGGCCAUGAAAUUGUAUUGCGACCAUGGAUUGACUUUGCUCCCGACUUUCCGUUUCUAUGUAUGCUUGCAUACACUUGGGCUUUAUUUCCUUCAUAUGCAUUUAUAAACUCGUAUGCGAACCGUGAGAG